UGCAAUUUAUCUGUUGUGAUUGAUUCCGUUUUUAUUACAAAGAUUGGUUAAAGUGACUGGCUUGCGCUGACAGUUUGAGUGACAAACACACAACAACGUUUAAAAUGGCUUGUAUUGUUCGAAACUCACUUAACCUUUUGGUUUUGCUUUGUCGUUUGCAUUUGAGUGCAGGAAUUGUCACAACCAGAGACGCGGUCCCCCAUGACUAUCAUUAUUUGGCAUCCGUUCAGGGAGUUAAAACGGGACAAAACGCUCCGAGUCACAUGGGCGCCGGACUGAUCGUGGAUGAAAGAACGAUUCUGACGUCCGGUCACGUGUGCUUUGCCUUCAAAAGGAGUAUGUACACUGGCACUUCCGUUUCGCUUGGCCGGCAUAACCUCGCCAUGAAUGAGCCAACUGCCGUCAACAUACCUUUUAGCGACUAUCACUGCCACCCCGAAAUGAAUUUAUGGUGGGAGCGCAAUGAUCUCUGCCUGAUCUUUUUAAAAGACGUUUAACGUGCUUGAUAACCGAAGCCGGAAUUGACAGGCUGCCUCGAAAAUGACAUCGAUCUGAACUUGUUUUGAUGUUUGUAGGUCUGUCACUGUCUCAUAACGUACUAAAUGUGACGCUACUUUUUUGUUAGUAUUCGCGCGCAGCCCUGCAUAAAGGUUUGAUUUAAUUUAAUUCGCAUCAGAGCAGGUACCCUUUUCCAGCUAGGGUGACAGUCUUGCAUGUGGGUUUUCAACCUGGUUGGAAUUGCACCAUGCAUACAUUAGCUAUGCAUGCCACAGCUGAAGCUUUACUGGUGGUUUCUUGUUCUUCGUAUCUUGUGUUUUACAUGUAUUUUCGUGGAUUUUUCUAACCGUUUCACUCAAUACCGACAACCUUCCCGGCUAAUACAUAAUCAAAAUUAUUAGCGAUAUGCAAUUUCUCUUUGCUUUAAUAAUAUGAAAUUUUGCAGCUUCUUAUGCGCAUUAAUAACACACCUCUC